AUGUUAAGUCGCUUUAUUUAUCCUGUUGUAUAUAAUCAACAGUGUUUAGCAAAGAGCUCGUCUCGAUUAUUACACACGAGUGUAAUAAGAUUUACUGACGGUGAUCAUCAUCCAUCAAAAGCUUUAGACAAAGCAGUUGAUGACUUAAAAACACGUAAAGUAAAAAAAUGGUUAGAUACUGUGGCUUCAAGUAGUGAAGCGAUCAUUCACGCAGAGCGUCAAUCCGCAGAGAAACAAGGUUAUUCAACAGCUGAUUUUGCUAAACUUCAACGAGAUACAAUUGCAGCAAUUAAAGAAAAAGAAACCAACGGUUAUCUUCUACAGCAUGAUGACGAUGAUCGACAAGAUCAAGCCAGUCGAAGAUCGAACCCGUAG